AUGGCAGAGGACGCGGGGGGGGCGGAGUUCUGCCUCUCCGCGCUCUAUAUAAGCGGCCAGUGGCAGCAGCUGCGCGCUGCUCCUGACCUUCAGUGUGCCGGCUUCAUCGCAAUGGCGCCCUCCAGGAAGUUCUUCGUGGGGGGGAACUGGAAGAUGAACGGGCGGAAGAACAAUCUGGGGGAGCUCAUCAACACUCUGAACGCGGCCAAGGUGCCGGCCGACACCGAGGUGGUUUGCGCACCCCCCACCGUCUUCAUUGACUUCGCCCGGCAGAAGCUAGAUCCCAAGAUUGCAGUGGCUGCGCAGAACUGCUACAAAGUGGCUAAUGGGGCCUUUACGGGGGAGAUCAGCCCUGGCAUGAUCAAAGACUGUGGAGCCACGUGGGUGGUCCUGGGGCACUCGGAGAGAAGGCAUGUCUUUGGGGAGUCAGAUGAGCUGAUUGGGCAGAAGGUGGCUCACGCCCUGGCAGAGGGACUUGGAGUAAUCGCCUGCAUUGGGGAGAAGCUAGAUGAGAGGGAAGCUGGCAUCACUGAGAAGGUCGUUUUCGAGCAAACCAAGGUCAUCGCAGAUAAUGUGAAGGACUGGGGCAAGGUUGUCCUGGCCUAUGAGCCUGUGUGGGCCAUUGGUACUGGCAAGACUGCGACACCCCAACAGGCCCAGGAAGUACACGAAAAGCUCCGGGGAUGGCUUAAGUCCAACAUCUCUGAUGCAGUGGCUCAGAGCACCCGCAUCAUUUAUGGGGGUUCUGUGACUGGGGCAACCUGCAAGGAGCUGGCAAGCCAGCCUGAUGUGGAUGGCUUCCUUGUGGGGGGUGCUUCCCUCAAGCCUGAAUUCGUGGACAUCAUCAAUGCCAAACAAUAAGCCCCGCCCAUCUCUGCUACCCUUCCUGCUGAGACAGGGACUAGGUAGCUCAGAAGCCCAGUAACUGUACUGCUCCCCGACCUUCACACGUGCUUCUGAUGGUGUCACCUGCUGCCUCUUGUGGCCUAAUCCAAAGUGUACCUCUUCCUUUACCGUUUACACCCUACCCUGUAAUGGUUGGGACCAGGCCACUCCUGCUUCCACUUACUGUAACAGUUGGAACUAAACCUGUCACCAAGGUGGCUUUUCCUUGGCUGAGAGGUGGGAGGGGUGUUUGCUUAUGGGUCCCCUCAGUCCCCAGUGCAGGCAGGAGAAAGACCCCGUCCUGUCCCAUCUCACGCCACGAGGGCAGGGGCUGAGAGAAAGCCCUGUCCUCUGCUGAGGCCGGGGUGCUGCUCCCUGCCAUGGUGCCGAUGCCUGUGUGUGUUGUGUCUGUGAGCAGUCCUGCGUGUGCGGGAAAUAAACACCUGGCACUAAGA